CGCAUGUCUGGGCUUUUUCAGGCUUAGUCCCUCCAGUCAACGGCACCUCUGCACCUCUCCACACACCCAGCAUCUCGACGUGCUGGGAUCAUACAUGGCCAUCUUCAACACCUUAUUACUCUACGCAGUACCUUGCUCUUAAAUUGUUUCCCUCCUCCCAUUGUUUAAUCCUCCCGUCCGGUACCUGGCGCCUGCCUCACCCUCCCACCACCCCUUCCUCUCCCACCCCCACAGCAUCCCCUACCUCCUUGUGACAAGGACAAGAACGAGAGCAAGACCCGAGGGGUACAACAUACAACAUACAUACACAGUACCGUCCUGGUGCCGUACAAUAUACAAUAUACAUCAGGCCCAGAGCUAAGCACCUGUCAGUUUCACAGUGUGCUGGUCCUGCUGCUCGUUGAAGAUUCAUCUCAGCUUCCGACACCUGCGACUCCCACACCCCAGCCCGCCCAUCCGCCCACCCCAGUCCACUUCCCGCGACUCUCAGCUAUUACCCCUUUAGGCACAACCCUCCUGUGCGUUCGUCCGUUACAUUGGCGCCUUCGACCGACUCUUGUACUCCGUACACUCGUCCCUUAUUAGUACCUUACUCACGAGUUCAUGACGCUACGGCACUUGGUGUCCUACAAAAGGAUUCAUAUCUGCCUCCCGUCCCACCCUGCCUGUUACUGGUCAUAUUCUUCUAUUUACAAUUCACCCUCUCUCCCCACCCACACCUGACCAUUCGAGAGAAACAUUGUCGACCUGGACUGCGUCUUACCCUCUCUCUCACUCACCACCCUGCAAUCUCGCUCAAACUCACCAACCAACCAUCCAACCACCCGGCCGUCUAUUCCAGUCUUCUCGGAACCACCAUCACACCACCUUGGAGCCUCCUGUUCUGCAGCCCAAACUCGUGAUCUGAUCCGGGCUUGUCUGAGCCGCUGAGCACAUCCCAAGGGCCAACGCCAGCAGGUUAUGGAAUAUAGUCCUCCGGGGACUGCAAAAAAAGAUUCUAGUCAACGCCAAACCGAGCAGCUUCCCACAAUGUCGAUGAUCGCCAUGGUCACCCCCACUCCCCACGCACCCUUUAGGCGGGACUACUGGGACGAGGGCCGGUCCACAGAGUACUCCUCCUCCAGGCCAAGGUCUGAUGCCGACAGGGUCGCUCUCCCAUCCAUUCGACAGGCCUUCCCCGAGCUGCAACUCCAGAUCAGACCGCAGGACGCCUCAGGGAGGACGCCAUCAUCAGCCACCUCUCCAACUGGACCUGCAACAGGAGUGAUGACACCGCCAGAAUAUGUGCACUCGCCCAGCUCGAACAAGCGGAGGCGCCUGUCGAUCGACGAUGAGAGGGAGGAGCGUGCCAGUCGGGUACCCAGGCUCUACAACAGCCCCCCACGAGCAGCAGAGAGGCCAGUAUUCCGACAAGCCUCCCCACCACCAGCACCCGUCUCCAGGGCACAUGCCGAGCACUGGGCCCCAUCGAGUUCCAGGACGAGCCCUUACGUACCCAGUUAUGGUCUCCCAGCAAUGCGAGCAUCACCGGUGGCGAUGGAACACGUUGAGCGUCCCGAGCCCCGGCCAACUCUGCCGAGUUUCCCACCCCCGAUGAACCUGGAGCGUGGUUCUGCCCCAUUGCCACGAGUUCGUGGUCACUCUAGCGAUGAUUACCUUCAGGAGGCUCCGAGACAGGUCAUGAUGCACCCAGCCGACUCAAGGAUGGAGUACCGACAGAGCCCUUACGCAUACGGUUACCACCACCCCUCACGCAUGCAGUCACUCUCCAUGGGCGCGAUCCACCCACUAGACAGGACACCCUUCUCAGCAGUCGGCUACGGUCCUCACUACCAAGAGUACAUGCGCUUUGGCGAGCUGGGAAUGGGCAUGAGCGGAGAUAACAAGCAGCGGAAGCGGAGGGGUAACCUGCCAAAGGAGACGACAGACAAGUUGAGGAACUGGUUUGUCGGUCAUCUACACCACCCAUACCCGACCGAGGAUGAGAAGCAGGAGUUGAUGCGCCAGACUGGCCUACAAAUGAACCAAAUCUCAAACUGGUUCAUCAACGCCCGCCGCAGGCAGCUGCCGGCGAUGAUCAACAACGCCCGUGCCGAGUCCGAUGCCAUGUCCUCGGGGCGCAGCCAAGACGGCAAGGUCCUUCCUUCGACCGAGCGUGGCGACUACGACGUUGAUGGCAAGCACCGAAAUAGCCCUACCAUCAGCGAUGGCGGCGACAGCGCCUUUGACGAUGAGCUCGACGCUCGCAGGCAACCACCACACCUGAAGCGUGGCGGAAGCUACUAGGUCCAUCACGCAGUUUUCAGAUCCGAACGAUUAUGUACUACCACGCAUGAUCUUGAUUUGGGAUUCUAUUCACUUCGAUUCACUUCGAAUCUUUGUAUGCGGCAUUGUACAUAUUAUCGACCACAUCGUCCAUAUACGGUGGCAAAGACGUAAUGAUAUUUACCAACCGGGGGGGGGGGCACUUUACUUGAUUUCCCGGUUUCCUCACGGCAUGGGAGGUACAACGACACCUGGGGAUACGUUGGGAUGGGCAACAUGGGGUGGGGCCUCGGACAUCAGGCGGUCAAAUCUGGAGUACAUUGUUUCUAGGGUUUAUUUCUGGGUGGGAGGAGGAGUGGUUUCUGCAAUAGACAGAAUCUGGGGGCAUCUGUACAAAUCAUCACGCGGAAUCAGAGGGUUCUUCGGAUUAGAGAAGACACCUCUGGCAUCACUUUGGCUCAGGAGUAUCGCAUGGUCGGGGAUUAUCCUUUCAGGGCUCUUGUCUCCAUCAGCAUUUUACAGGACAGGACAGGCAUAGUUGGAGCAGCAGAAUCACAAAAUUUCACAACAGUUAUGAACAAUAUUACCACUGCCACUAUACCAGUCUUACCGCU